GAUAUAAACACAGCCUGUCCCAGAGCACAGGCACUUGACACCCCGGGAUCUGCCAGAGCUCACCCCACCACAGAACCAGGCCCAGGCCACACGAGGAAGACACGCUCUUGCAUCAUGGCUGGCAAGACUGUGGCUGCUGUGCUGAUCCUGCUCCUGAUCUCAGCACUUGGAACACAAGGUGAGGCAGUGCCACGCUCGGCCAUAGAACUCCGGUGCCAGUGCAUAAGCACCCAUUCCAGGUUCAUCCAUCCCAAGUUCAUCCAAAACGUGAACCUCACUCCCAGCGGACCUCACUGCAAGAAUGUUGAAGUCAUAGCUACCCUGAGAGAUGGCAGAGAAGUGUGCCUGGAGCCCAGUGCUCCCUGGGUGAAGCUGAUCAUCAAGGCAAUUCUGGACAAGUGAGUAAUUUCUCCUCAAUAAUCACAGCUUAUUGAAAACCGGUAUUUUAAUUGAACUACCAAACACAGGCGGGUGUGAA